AUGGCCGACUAUCAGAUCGGAAGUGAGCACCCCCAAUCGCUCAUCAGCGACUUCGUCAUUGUCGGUACUGGGUUUAGCGGCUGUUACGCUCUUCACAAAAUCAGGGAGCUCGGGUAUUCUGCAAAGAUCCUGGAGGCUGGUAGCGACUUUGGAGGCGUCUGGCACGUCAACAAAUACCCUGGAGCAGCACUCCGUCAUAUCAGUUUAGCCUGCCCAAAGUCUGGGAAACGUUCAACUUCGAGGAGAGAUACCCUGGGCAUGAAGAGAUUCGGCGACGAGGUAAAGUACGACUCGAAAAGUAAGAGGUGGCUUUUUCGCACAGAAAAAGGCCGGCGUAUCGAAUCGAGGUUCGCUAUUUUCGCCUGCGGAUCUUUCAAUAAGCCUUACAUUCCUGCUUUUCCCAACCUAAAUGCCUUUCGCGGCCUACUUAUCCACCCAUCGGCUUGGCCCGAAGGUGUCAAACUGGACGGCAAGAAAAUUGGUAUCAUCGGCCAGGGGGCAUCAGGGCUGCAACUCGUUCAAGAACUCGCGAAGCAGGAUAUUCUGUUGACUGUUUUCAUACGAGAACCAUGCCACACCCUUCCGAUGCAACAGAGGCGACUAUCAUAUCGAGAAUCCGAGGAGCUGAAAAACUACUAUGAUGGCAUAUUUUCCAAGGCUAAGUUCGGCUCUUCGUCAGCUAUAGGGUAUAAUCAGAACUCCGAUUUCUAUCACCAGGCAAGCGGCAGCGACAGGGUUACGCUUUACCAACGCCUGUGGGAUAGAGGGGGCUUUGGGUUGACGCUAUCGAACUAUCGAGAUAUUAUGUACGACAAGACGGCAAAUUCAAGCCUAUACGAGUUUUGGAUGCGUAAGACUAGGGCUCGAAUGUCUAAUCCUGAGAAGAUGGAUAUCGUUGCACCAUUGAAACAGUCUCAGUGGUUUGGCGCCAAACGAGUCAAUCUCGAGAUGGACUACUACGAAAUGCUAGACCGCCCGAACGUUAAGCUUGUUGAUCUCAAAAAAACACCGCUUAAAUCAUUCUCUCGAAAUGGCGUUGUGACUGAGGGCCACGACAGUACCUUGGACCAUCACGAACUGGACGUCAUGAUUUUGGCUACGGGCUAUGACUCCGUGACGGGAAGCUUAUUGGGUAUGAAUAUCCACGAUAGGCAUGGACUGCGCCUAGAAGAGAAGUGGAAAGACGGAAUAAGCACCGACCUCGGCAUGCUAGUACCUGAAAUGCCGAAUGCGUUUCUCCUGUACGGGCCUCAAGGGCCUAUAACUCAGACAAACGCCCCAUCUUUUAUCGAGUUGUAA